CUUCCACUUCCGCUGGUGCCAGUCGUGAGCUGAGACAGACCAUCAGUUUUAUCUCUAGAUGGAAGUAAAAGGUCAAUGAACCAGAGUGAGGUCGACAAAGAUGCGUGUUCAUCGGGAUAUAUUAAAGAACUAGAUAAGAUAAUGUGAAGACACUUGCGGACAAAACCGUCUAUUUCGUAUUUGAUACACAGGGAAGACUAUAAUUGCAUAACCAAAGAAAACACUAUCAGGAGGAACAAAUAUGUCACACACCGAGCUGUCUACAGUGGUGGGCGAAUUUCGGGAACUAGAUUUAAUCUUUAAAAGCGGUUCUGAUCUGGACGUUGUAGAGAGGGGAUACGCACGGAAGCUGGUUCACGCUAUAAGUACUCAAAAUGAGGUUUUGGAGUGUGAAGCGUUAAAAGGUCUCGGAGACUUGUACCUGCACAAAGCAAAGAUGAACAAGCAUAAAGCAGAGUACUUCCACAAGGCCUGCUCCAUGUACAUGGAACUCUUACGGUACUACACUAGUAUUGAGGAGAAGCAAGUUGUACAGCAUCGCAUCAGAUAUGCAGAGAAAUGUACGAAACUGGUCCAUGAUCAAGAGGUUCUAAAAGCGUGUGUUACGAAUACAGGCAAUACCAUAUUGGCUGUGUCCACGACCCUUCACGAAGUGAAAAAGAAGUCCAAGUUUAAAGGAUAUGGCACGAUGCCCCUGGUUCAAGGUUAUACAAAUUCCUUAGUGAAAGCAAUCGUGGAAGGAAACAAACGUUUGGAAAUAGAAUCCUUGAAGAGCCUGGGAGAUGUGUACCUAGAGAAGGGGAGGGUUGGUAAGGACGAGACAGCGUUCAGUAAAUCAGCUGGUCUGUACCGAGCGGCGCUGGACCGCUGUGAAGAUUCAGACGGCAGAGAAACGCUAAGACACCGCAUCAAGUACGCAGAGAAAGUCAAGGAACAAGAACGCAAGGUGAGAAAAUGUUUAUCUUUUUCAACCAUAUGAUUUUUAUAUAACAUGCUUUAUUCGGCCUGUUGCACAGAUAUGUAGCCAGCUUUAU